AUGGCAUCUCCCGAGCUGGUGGAUAUCACCACUGCAUGCUCUCGUCGAGGCUAUGUGAGCACCGUUGGUGUUGUGGUGGAUGUUUUGCCACCCUAUCGCACCAAAGGAUCUUCGGCCUGUGUCACUUUCACCCUCAAAGACCGUCAUUUUGAUCAGCCAUCCUGGUCUGGGGGUCUCAAGGUCAAAUACUUCAACGACCGGAUGGACACUCUCCCCAAUGCCCAGCUUAAUGAUGUAGUUUUACUACGGAAUGUCCGAAUUAACAUGUUCAAUGACAGGCCGAACGGGGUUGCUUCUCAGCAUGACAAUGUCCCGUGGGCAAUCAUCCGAUCAGAGCCAGAUCCUAGCUCAAGCCCAUCCAUUACGACAGGCCCUACUUCUUUUCCACUCACGUCACUGGAGAAGCGAGUGGCCAUAAUGCUCCUGGAUGGGAUUAAUACGGACAAAUCGGCCACCGUGACACAGCCAGUGCAGCAAGAGGCAGUCCCACAGCAGCCCACUGAAGUAGUUCAAGCGUCCAUGACGACACCGAACAUAAAGAACGGACUGCCACUUGUGUUGAUUCAAGAGGUGCAGCCUGGACCUUUUGUCCAGAUACUCGGUCAAGUAGUGAAAUUGAAAACCUACGAUAGCGAGAAAUGCAUCCUGUACUUGACCGAUUACACAUCACAUGAAUCUCUGGUCGACAUCAAGAAAGACGGUGAAGAUGAUAUGGGCACUGAGGGAGACACAUAUGACUAUCUGUCCCGAAGAAAGAAGAACUGGCCUGGUCCCUGGGGCAAAUUGACUAUACAAGUUACUCUAUGGGAACCACACGCUACCUUCGCCCGAGCACAUGUGAAUAAUGGCCAACUUGUGCUUCUGACAUACACGCGUAUCAAGUCCGGGUAUAACAGUGGCUUGGAGGCUGUUGUCCACCAGGAUAAGCGAUAUCCAAAUAAGAUCCACGUGAACAUCAUCUCCCAUGAAGACGAUCGAGCUCGGGACCUCAUGGAACGACGAAAGGAAUACUGGAAAAUCCACGGAAAGCCCAGCGAUGAUCCGAAGAAAGCUUCGAAAAAGAAGAAGAGCGAGCAAAAGAAAAAGGACGAAAGGGUGGAAGAAGGCCAGAAGUCGCUGACCUUGCCUGCAUCUCGGAGGAACAACAACCCUUCGAUCAAAACACGAUCCUACGAUGUCCCUGUCCGCUCCAUACCGAGAAUUCUAUCAGGUGAAUCGCACAUCAAUACAAUUCCCGGGGGAAUCACCUACCAACUCCCUUUUCAAAAUGUCUGCUACCGACCCGAAGUCCGCGUGGUUGACUUCUUCCCUCCAAAACUCGAAGACUUUGCGGUACAGGUUCCAAUGGAAUCAGUUCUAGCGGGCAAGGAUGGUCAACCCCCAGCCGGUACUCCACGCAUGGAAUGGGAAUGGCGGUUUUGCCUCCUGGUUGAAGGAACUGAGCCCUUGACGUCCAAAAAUGACGUCCGAGCGCAGAUGAAGCUCUUUGUUACGGGUGCAGAGGCCGUGCAUCUGCUAGGUCUUGAUCCUACCGACCUCCGCCAACAUCAGACUAGGUUAGAACAGCUCAGACAGCAAUUGUUUAUUCUCUGGGGUAACCUUGAAGAGUUGAAGCAGGAGCAUGCCGCGACUGCAGGUCCCGAUGAAUACUGGGUUCCGACCAAAACAUCCUCAUUGCCUUUCAUAUGCUGCAUCAAGGAAUACGGUGUGCCAUGUACUCAUCCAGUCGACCCUGACGAGAUGGCAGUGGAUGGGGCCGGCAGGCCGGGUUGCAUUAUCCGGGGCUGCUUUGGGUGGGAAAGACGAUUUGCCAUGUUUGGGACGACAAUUCAUUCAUGA